CAGACGUGUUCGCUGACUGCUCGGGAGGGCGAGGUCACGGUGUCCAGAGUCUGACCCAGGAUCCUAGGGUGUGCAGCUGUUUACAUUCUGGAUGUGAUGCCAGUACAGUGCAUAUCUGAGACUUCCCAGUCACUGAGUUCUCUGCAUCUCUUCACCUGUCCACAAUGACCAAGCUGCUGGAGUGGUUGCUGGGUGUCUCAGUGGUGGUCACAGCGUGGGGUCUGCUGACCUUUGACCUGCUGGACCUGAAAGUGCCACAGGUGUACAGAGAAGUGGUUUGGCCCAUGCCCGUUUACCUGCUGGUGGUGUUUGGGUGCUACUCCAUAGCCACCGUGGGCUACAGAGUGGCCACUUUCAAUGACUGUGAGGAAGCAGCCCAGGAGUUGCAGGCACAGAUAAAGGAAGCCAAACUGGACCUUAAGAAGAAAGGACUGAAAUUUUGACCUGGAGACCCACUUACGUGUGAUUAGGCCUGAUCGUGUCUGUUGGAGAAACAGCGGAACUUGAUGUAUAGAAGUACACUUGGGUGCUCUCAAUAACAGGUCUUUUGAGUCACAUCAUAAUGUGUGCACAUGGAACAGGAUCAUGGCUGCGGUGUAACAGGAAGCCUAGGCUGUUCUGUCAUACGUGUUUUAGUUCUGAAGAAAGUCACAUUCCAGUAGAUGCCCUGAGGCAGAGACAAUGCUGUUUCAUAAAGAUUUGCUUUUCUUAAA